AGUUCUGAUGGAAAGGAAAAAGAUAAGAAGUCCAAAGCAAAAGAUGUCAAAGAGGACGCAGACAGUAAAGGAAAGUCUAAAGCCAAGAAGAAGGAACCAGCCUCCAUGUUUCAGAUCAACGGAGACAAGCCUGAAACCAAGAGUAAGAAGAAAGCAGCUGCUAAAUCUGAGAGUGAAGAGGAGAGCGAACCAGAAACCAAAACCAGCAAGACGAAGAAGAAGAGCAGCUCAAACCCAGUGUGCAUGUUUCAGACAGGAGGGGACAAAGACAAGGACAAGGACAAAAAGACAAAAAAGACCAAAACUCCUGCUAAAGCAGAAGAGACUGAAGACUCUGAUUCAGAAGUGACAAAGAAGAAGAAAAAGGGCAAAGGGAAAAAAGGAAAGAAGGAGGAGCGAGCACCUUCUCCUCCCAUCGAGUUUGACAAUCUGGAGGAGUUCGUUCUUCAGCCUGUACAACAAGGCGUCACGGUAAAGUGCAAAGUGACCCGUGACAAGAGAGGGAUGGACCGAGGCCUUUACCCAACGUACUACCUGCACCUGGACGACGAGAAGAAAGUAUUUUUGUUAGCGGGAAGGAAAAGGAAAAAAAGCACAACCUCAAACUACUUGAUCUCCAUAGACCCGACCGACCUCUCCAGAGGAGGAGAAAACUUCAUUGGGAAGCUGAGGUCAAAUCUGAUGGGAACCAAGUUCACGGUGUUUGAUAAUGCACUGCAUCCGGACAGAGCUCUGCCGGACAUGUCUAACGCACGGCAGGAGUUAGCAGCUAUUAUCUAUGAAACAAAUGUUUUGGGCAUGAAAGGACCAAGGCGAAUGAUUGUAAUUAUUCCUGGCAUGAACAAAGAUGGAGAACGAGUCCCUAUGCGGCCACGUAGUGAAAAUGAUGGCCUCCUCAUUAGACACCAGAACAGAAAUAUGGAGAACUUGAUAGAGCUGCGCAAUAAGACGCCGGUGUGGAAUGAAGAAACGGCGUCACACGUGUUAAACUUCAACGGCAGAGUCACACAGGCCUCCAUCAAAAACUUCCAGAUUGUGCAUAACAAAGACCAGGACUAUAUAGUGAUGCAGUUUGGGAGAGUAGCAGACGAUGCCUUCACUCUGGACUACAGGUAUCCUCUGUGUGCUGUACAAGCCUUUGCUAUCGCUCUCUCCAGCUUUGAUGGCAAAAUGGCCUGCGAGUAAAAGUGUAAAGAUGUCCGUGAUUUUGUCAAAUGCAAAAAAUGGGAAAUGUUCCCACUCAGCAUCAGCUCAAUUCACGACGAGAAGACCAAAACCCAUAAAUCUGUAAGAUAAAGCCACCAUUGCUAGUGGGGUUGCAUGAUUUUACAUGCCAUAGAGAGAUCUGCUGGUGAUACCAGCUUUGGCUUAAAAUAAGUAAUGGUUGUACAGUGGAUGUACUGAGAAGGGAGGAAGAGUUUUGAGGUGUUUGAUUUUGAGUUUGAAAGAUGUAAAUGACCCCUGGUGGUGAGGAGGUCAUGCUAGAUGUGUCCUGUGUUUGAAAAGGGCAAAAGAAACAAUGGAUUUAUUUAAUGGUUUUAUUGUUAUGCAUACCAUGCAAUUAGGAAAAAUGUGUUUUAACAUUGUCUGCUUUACAUUUUAGUAAACCCGGUUAAAAUUGGUGUUAUCUAAUCCUAGUAAAAUAAAUAAAAAUAAAAAAACUAGUUCACCCAAAAUUGCAGAAAAUUUUCUCACCAUCAGAACAUUCAAGAUGAGUUGAUUUGGAGAAAUGUAGCAUUGCAUCACUUGCUCACCAUUGGAUCC